AAAAAAAAAAAAACAUUCCAAAGGAAUAUUCUUUUGAAACAGUAAAUAAUUCGCUGGUCUUACUCCUGGUGGCAUGGAAACACUUCGUGAGUCCGAUGAAGAUAUGGAUUCCGAGAACGAAAUUUUGCCUUAUACGUACGAAGGCGGACGGAAUGAAAAUGGCGUAAGACACGGGAAGGGAAAGGCAAGGCUCCCUAACGGCGAUGUAUACGAGGGUGAAUACAAGAACGGACAUCGCAGUGGUUAUGGCAAAUACGUGUUUAAGAAACUGAAAGGAAAAACGCGAAAUGCAUGUUACCUUGGUCAUUAUGAAAACAACAAGAAAAACGGACAAGGUACGUUUCUGUACCCGGACGGCGCGAAGUACGAGGGAAGCUGGAAAGACGACUUAAGACACGGUUACGGAGCGUAUUUCUAUACAAACGGGGAUUUGUAUCGGGGCGAAUGGGAACACGAUAGACGGCAUGGACAAGGUACGUACACAUAUGCAGCGAGCGGCAUGACAUAUGAAGGCCAAUGGUAUGAGGGGAAAAGAUCAGGUAGGGGAAACAGACGAUUAAAACAGUCCGACUAGGAAAAUCAAUUCAGUAACAUGCAGAAACCUUUAUUUGGCUGUUGAGGAUGAGAGGAUUUAGUUCAUAAAUCAAACCUUAGACCCACUUAACUUGAAUACGGAUAAAUCAAGCGACAGAACAGCUCUUUGAUGCUCACGCAGCCAAAACAAAUUGCGACCUACAAUAUGCAGGUUAACAAACACGAAGAGCCUCAAAAUGCCAAACGUCUAAAGCGCUCACACAGUUUUGCAUACGGUAAUUUGUAAUAUCGGAACCUUAAAUCAAACCCGACGUAAUUUGCACAAUGUAGCCCGCAGUCUGAUCACCGAAAGGUAUACCUAUGCAUAAAUAUGAGCGACGCUCGGGAAGACUCAGAAAGAAUUGUUUCAGCAAAAUUAUUUCUUCGGGGAAUACAAAGAAAAAAAAAAAGAAAAAGGAAAGAAAAACCUUCAAAAAAUGGUCUUAAUUACGCCAGGGUGGACACUGUCAUGAGGUAAAUCGCAUAAUGUUCACAAAUCUUCGAACAGAACGAGAAGCAGGUUGCUAUGAGAAGUAAUAAUUUCAUAAAAUAUUUAAAAAACGAAAUCGCAUUGCAUUAAUAACUAAAAAGCAGCACAAGCGCAAGACAAAGAAACCAGAUUCACAUUUCUGCACGGUUUAAGUUUAUGCAAAUAUUAAAAACAUACUUGUUCCAUAUGGUCAGUCAAACUGUCAAUAAAAGCGAUUUAACCUUCACUUUCGUGAAACAUGACAACUUAAAAUCGUGAAGGGUAAACAAUAAGAAAUGUAUUCUAAAGUCUCACUGGUAAAUCUCAGAAACUCGUCAAAACAGCAAAAAAUAAUAAUAUUAUAAUAAAAAAUACGUCACUAAAAUAUUUUUGUAAACUGACCAUUCGAAUUUAGAAUGAACGAAUUACAAACGGAAAAAAACAGACUAUGAAUACAAAAAAAAAAGCAAUAUGCAAAUAACAUGCAAUAAAAACUGAGAAAUAAAGCGUAUUACUGAAUUUGACAAGUCGUUCAGUCUCAUUAUUUCUAUGCGCCAAAAAAACGUCUAUGGAUAUCGCAGCCUCCCAUCGAUUUUACUGCUUUUGUCUGACGCCAAAUUGUCCACUUUUUACACAUUUUUUGUUAAAAAUUAAAUCGCUUUAGAUUGCAAAAAAUUAUAAGAACUUGAACUAAGGCCGAGGAACAGCGGUUUUUCAAGCCUCUUUAAAUUUAGGCUUAUGCUCACCCAAAGUACUUUUUAACGCAAAAAAAAAAAAUCCAUUUGCAAGAUGGUAUCAUUUUACUACUACGACCAUAAUUCUUGUCGUUUUUCCUUUCACAUUUAAAUUUGGUAAUCCCAGCGAGGUUUAAACAACAAAAGCUCUAGUUUGCACAAGAAAGCAAAAACCUGAAGGAUUCUGGUCGUAGUAGUAAAAUGGCGCCAUAAUGCGAAUGGCCUAACAAAAACGAACAAAAGUUAAGAACGCGUCGCAGCACAGAUAGAUCAUAGGUUCACAUGGAUGCAAAACAAAUAAAGAACUCAAACGGAAGACCAAAUUUGAACAGUUUCUUUAUGUUUGCAGGAAGAGGCAAGCUUACGUUCGGGAAACAGAGCUACAUUGGAAAUUUCCACGACGACAAAAUGAUCGGGCCGGGUACAUAUAUUUUUCCCAACGGAACGCAACAAAAUGGCGAGUAUAUUGUGGUUGAAGAAGAAUUAGAAGAACCUCUGGAAACGUUCAAGGGAAAAGACGGCGAGACAGAACACAGAAGCAGAACAAAGCAAGUAAAGAUCAAAUGGAUAAGUCGUAAUGGAGACGUACCACCGGUUACAGUUGUGAAAAAAGAGACCAUAAUUAACUGA